CGUCCUUCUGCCCCGCAGCCUGAGCCCGGGCGGCUGGAGGGCUCCGCUGCCCGAGGAUGGGAAUUCUCUUCACCCGGAUCUGGAGGCUGUUCAAUCACCAGGAGCACAAAGUUAUCAUUGUUGGGCUGGAUAAUGCAGGGAAAACAACCAUCCUUUACCAGUUUUCCAUGAAUGAAGUUGUACACACAUCCCCUACAAUAGGAAGCAAUGUAGAAGAGAUCGUGGUUAAUAAUACGCGUUUCCUGAUGUGGGAUAUUGGUGGUCAAGAGUCCCUUCGUUCUUCCUGGAACACUUACUAUACUAACACUGAGUUUGUCAUAGUUGUUGUGGACAGCACAGACAGAGAAAGGAUUUCUGUAACUAGAGAAGAGCUCUACAAAAUGCUAGCCCACGAGGAUCUAAGAAAAGCUGGAUUGUUGAUUUUUGCUAAUAAACAAGAUGUAAAAGAAUGCAUGACAGUAGCAGAGAUCUCCCAGUUUUUGAAGCUAACUUCUAUAAAAGACCACCAGUGGCAUAUCCAAGCAUGCUGUGCUCUUACUGGCGAGGGGUUAUGCCAAGGACUUGAGUGGAUGAUGUCACGGCUGAAAAUCAGAUGAUCUCUACUGACCUCUUCCCAUGAACUCUAUCAACAAAGUGCUGACUUUACCUGAAAGCUGCAAAAAAAAAAAAAUGGUUCACAUAUAUUUAUAAUAAACUGAUUUGAGAGUUUUUCUAUUAGAAGAAAAGUUAAGACCACUUAUUUGAAAACAAAGAUGAAAUGUCACCACCCAGUUUGCUCUCUCAUUCCUUCCAAAGUGCGUUGAAGCUGUGACUGACAUUUUCCCAUGAUGAGUCCUCUCAGGAUAUGGUAUAGCUGUGGCGAGUAUGAAGGAAGAGGAAGACAUUUGAACUGGAGAGCUUUAUUGUCAAUGUGACUUUCCUACCCCACCCCAGGUUGAAUGUCCCCUUCCCAUUACAUUGAGUCAAAUACAAAUCAGCACAGAUACUGUUUCCAGUUUUUAAAAAUGUAAUAUUAUGGAAAGUAUUUUGCUUAAAGUUGAAUAUGUAUUGUGUAUAUACCUCAAGUUCAGGUUAAUGGCUUUGAUUUGUGUUCUAAAGAAAAGCAAAUAACACAAAUAAUAACCUUAGUUAUUACCCUAGUGUCAUUCAGUACCAACAUUGGUGUUAAGUGUCAUUUCUGUGGUUCACCCUCUGUUCUCUGUGUUGUCCUAACAAGCCAACCCUGAUCCAGAAUUGUUGAGAUGCUCCUUAAAAACAAAGCUGGAAGAAGCUUGACACUGUAUACCAAUUUUUGUUGCUCAGUAAGAGAUGGUAACAGCAAGUGAGUCGAGUGUCCACUAGACCCCUGGCCAGGCGUAACUGGGCAGAAUUACAUGGUAAGCAAUUAUUAGACUUCCCCCUCUGUUGAUCUUUAUGCUAACUCAACUACUAAUCAGUCAUAAAUUGUGAUUAAAUCUACAAGGUAAUUUUUAAUUGAAAAUCAUGGUAAUUUUUAAUUGAAAAUCAUGGUGUGAAAUAUAUCUACCCAAAGAGGUAACACUCUAUAAAUAAUAGUAAUUAAUUUAGCUGCAGCCUUUUUCGGCAUUAAAUUAUAUGACAAACAACUGAAAUGAAUUUGGGGGUAAACAUAGGCACAGUUCUUAAUUAACACUGAUAAUUUCUCAAUUUGCAGAUUUGUUUCUGUAGAAAUGUUCUUUCACUGCAUAAAAUGCCUUGUUUAAUAGUUAGGAAAUCCAAAUACUCUGAAUGUUUUCAAGAAUUUGUUAGAAAAUUUAACAUGUCCCAUUAUUUGUACCAAAAGAAAUUUGACCCCAAACACUUUUAUAUUUGUUAAUUUUUUAAAAUUUAUCUAAAAGUUGAAGGUAUUUCUGUCAUAACUAUAAACAAAAUUAUCAUUUGUUUUAACAUAUUCUUAGUGACUCUGUAUGCUUUUUGUGCCCUGGAAAUUUGAAAGUUAGUCAAAAUUGUGAAGAUUUGGAAUAUUAAAAAAACAAAAAGAUGUGGUAAGAGGUAGGAGUCCACAUUACAAGCAUUGAUGAAACUUUGAAAAAUCUUUCAGUAAAUGUGCAGUACUUAAUGUCUAAAGCCAUCAGGUACAGAUGAGUGUUAACAGGAUGUUUUGUGUUUGAGAUCUGCUGUAAGGCUCCUAGGACACUCUCAGCAUUUAAUGUUUCCUCUUAGAAAAUCAGCCCUCAAUCACUGGUCAUACAUAGUUCUCAUACUUUUUCAAAUCACAAUGAGAAUUUCCCUAUUGUAUAUUUAAAAAUCCCUUUAAAGACUCAAAUCUACUUUCUAGUUUUGUUAGAGACAAAUAGCCUGUAAUGCAGCCCCACCCACCCCUUCUGCACCUAGACCUACAGCUUUUUGGCUUUGUGGUUUUUAAUUUGAAUAAUCAUAUGCAUAGUUGCUUGGAUCACUGUUGCAUCAGUUAAACAUACCAGCACAUUCUGGUGUUGCCAAGGUAUUAGUUAGAAUUUAUUCUUAAUUGGAUAUUUAAAGCAUUUGCUCUAUUGUUAAAGUUGGCAUAGUAUAGUCAGUUACUGACUGUCAUAAGAAAGCAUGAAACUUUACCACUUUUACAAACUAUGAAGUUUUUGGUUUUUUAACCCCUUUAAGCUAAGCAUCAAAAAAUGAUAUGAUCCCUGUGUACUUGUACAUAAAACCAAAAUUAUGACCUAGUAAAAAGAUUUAAUAUAUGAAAAUAUCAAAACUGUCAAACAGUAUUAGGCCUAGAUAUGGCAGAGCACCCCUUGACAUCAUGCUGGCAGUUUACAUGCCAUGGGACAGAACUCAGCCCCAUCAGGGUUCAGAUGUUAAUGUAUGACCUCUGGGUAUAAAGAAACAUCUCAUUUAACCUCACUGUGCUCAGCUUUGAAAAGAACAAAGAUUUAUACCUCUGUACAUGUGUCCUGUUUUGAUACUAAUUUUGAAAUUGUUUAACUUCUCUUGAUAUCUUGGUAAAAGUGGCCAUAAGAUAAAUCAUUUGAAUAUAUUUGAUUUUGUCAUAACAUUUAUAAAAUGUAUGUUUCCCAUUAUAUUGAGAUUUUUAGUUGAAAAAUUCAGUUUCCCUUAUAUUUCUAGCACACCUUGGCCAUCAUAGUAGACAAAGAAUACAGAGAAGGCAAGUGGGCUGGGCAGUGGGGAAUGAGUAUUCCUUUUCUUAUGAUAUUUUGCCUUAAGAAUAAAAAGGUGCAUUAGCACUGCUGGUUGGUAUUUUGAAUGCAGGUGGUGAACCUAGUCUUACAUAGUGUGGCAUGACAUAGAAAGAAUAAGAGUUUGUUUCCUGGCCUCGAAGAGAGAAGUGCCUCGAAGGUAGUCACAGGAAGUUCGGGGACAGGCAAGAGGUCCCUAAGGUGUCUUUUCCUUUUGUCUGAGUGUAUAGUAUUAGGAUGCCCAGAAGAGGGACAAUGUUGGUCCUCUCUUACAGGCACUUUAUAUUUCUUGCUGUAACUACAGCAAUCACAUACAGUACAGACAACCUCAAAAAUCUGUUUAUAUUAGUGUAAAUAGAAAAAUCAUAGACAGCUGUCUAGUUUCCUCUGCAGGCAUUUUUGGGAAUGCAUCUAUAGUCUGUUCUACUUUGUCAAUAGUGGAUAACAGCUCAUCCUAGAUCAUAUGUGAACUUUGGGAUUUUCUAAUUGCCCUUGGUAUCCUGGUACCAUUCUCAUUUUCAAGGCAAAGUAGAGGGUUUCUUUACAUAACAGAUUUGACCGCUUUCAUUCUCCAAACACAAUGUAGAAUUUCUUGUUCAGGGGCAACUUCAUGGCUCAGCUUGCCCUUGCUGUCCUGGAUGUUUGCUCACCUCCAACGAAGGUUGCUCUUUUUCAUCUAAAGCUAUUCUAAGCUUUGCCCCUAACCAUUAUUCCCAGACCACUAGGUUUUCAGUAAUCACUUUGAUUCUGUCUGUCCACCCACCAGUACUUGAUUCACUGCUCUGGACCUCUGCAUCAUCAGAGAUUCUGAGUCUAUCAGGAGACUAGAUUCAGAUUGUGGUUUAUAGCUACCAAUAGAAAAAUCCUGUUAUAUACUGUACUUAGCACCUUAAUUCUUCUUAAUAUUAACUUCUUACACUGACAGCUAGAUUCAGCAAGACAAAAAAUACAUAGACUAUUUCAGGUCCUUGAGCUACACAAGUUAGGACCAAAGGCCAUUGUUAUGUUCACAUUCUCCUCAUAUAAACAAGAAUGGUGAUGUUCUGGAGAAUACCAGUUCAGCCAGUGGAAGAUGGAAAAGGAUAACAAAACAAAACUAUAUAGCGUUGAACUUGAAGACAGCCUAAAAUGAUUUCCCACAUUCCAUUUUUCUUCAUGUUUGCUUAAGUAGAAAAGAUGAGUAUUAAAUGUUUAAAGGAAUUUGUAAUUUGAGACCUAGUAUUACAAAAUAAACUUACUGAAACAAGCUUUAAAAGACAGCAAAAUAAGCAAUAUGUGGUGGUGUGAGUGUAAUUCCAGCAUUAAGGAAUGAGAGACAGGAGAGUUGCUGGGAGUACAAGGUCAACCUGGUCUAAAUAGUAUCAGUCACCAAGACUGCAUAGCAAAAGACUAUCAAAAAGAAAGGAAGGAAGAAAAACAGCCAGCAAUCAACCAACCAUCGUGUGUUUCUGUAUACUUCAGGAUGCUACUUAAAAUAAAACUUAUGUGCCAUGUUCCUCAAAGCAGGUGCAGUUGAUUAAGACCAUGAUAGUGGAGUAAGGGAAAGAGCAGGAUUUAGCACUCUGGAUGCUUAAGAAGUGAGUGCUUGUAUUUAACCCUAAAAUUGUUUGAAAUUGGGAAGAAAUGUAACAGGAUACAAUUGGGCUAAUUAUGCAAUAUUUAUCUUUUGAAUUCUCUAACUCUGUACUGUUCCUAAAUGGAAGAGUGAGUCUUUUGGUGUUGCCUGCUCGAUGUGCGGAUCUUUGGUAGUAGACAUUUCUCAUAGUGUGUACUUAAGAAGUGCCUGACAUUGAUUUGUGUUGAUUUCUAAGUCCAUGUAAUAAACGAUACUUGUUUUCUAUGGUA